ACUGCAGUUAUUUUGAACACUGCAAGUUGAAUAUUAUCCUGCGCUUCCACAAACGAAUUACCAAGUGAGUUUUCGUUAAUAUCACAAGUGAAUAUCCAACAUGUCGAAACUAUUGCAUCUGUUCUACAUUGCGCUCUUGUUGAGCUUUAUAAAUUGCGAGGAGGAAUGUCCAGAGAAGAAGAAAGAAAACCAAAAAAGACUUUUCGAUCAAGAUUUCGGGCUCGCUCUGACCCCGGACGAUCUAUUCCACACCAUGAUCAGCCCGUGGAUGGUCCGAGACUACUUCAGACCCUGGAGAUACUUGGAGUCCCUCACCCGAGACCUAGGAUCGUCCAUAAAGACUGAAAACAACAAGUUCACCAUCAACUUGGACGUCCAGCAUUUCGCGCCCGACGAAAUCACAGUCAAGACUGCUGAUGGCUACGUGACGGUUCAAGCUAAGCACGAGGAAAAGAAAGAUGAGCACGGCUACAUCUCCCGUCAGUUCAGUAGAAGGUAUGCUCUGCCAGAAGGAGUGGAAUCGGAGGAGGUGGUUUCUCAAUUAUCUAGUGACGGCAUACUGACCAUCAGCGCGCCGAGAAAGGUUGACGAAAAGGGAGAAAGAGUAGUUCCUAUCACCCAAACUGGCCCAGCGCGGACGGAGAAAACGGACAGUGAGUCCUGUCCAGCCAACGAAAAGUGUAGUGUUUAGUUUAUUCUUUGUUUCAUGGUAACCAUGGCUAAAGCCAAAGACUCAAAUUGCAUUUAAAGACUGAUUUAAGUUAUAAAUAAAUUGUGAUUUUUUUACUA